AUGGCCCCCCAACUAUCCAACACACACUCAGAUCGCAGCCGCGAUGAAAUGGUCUCUGCUGCAAAGAAAAAGCUCAAAACGUUCCGUGCGAAGCAAACUCAGUCAUCGGUUUCGAGUACUGGCUCGAUCCCCCGUCGUAGAUCCCACUCGCGAGGCAGCUCUAUCACGGCGACCAGUGAAGUUUUGUCAUCAUUGCCCGUUGCAACGGAAGCACCAAGGCAGCACCAGAAGCGCCGCUCUCAUUCUCGCAGUGCUUCUAUUCUAAAGCUAGAUUCGGAAGUCAGUCUUCCCACCGUGACCCUGCCUCUAUCUCCAGUCAAGCCAGCCAACCUGGGCGAUUUGAAUCGUUCGUUCUCCUUUGGCGGUUUCAAACCUGCCGCGCCCCCCAUGUCUCCCCCGCCCCCGUCUUCUCCCCCAUGCUCCCAGCAGACCACCCCUCGUCCUCGUCCUUCGUCACACCACCGCAGGCGGUCCUCUGUGUCGACCCGCCGGGACUCUGUCGACAUGAUGGGCUUCGAUCCUGCUGCCCUCAACUCGCUCAAGACCCUGGGAGAAAACGACAAGGACGAUGUUGCCAAGAUUCGCGAGCGUGCCUUGCUUGCCCUUGAAGGAAAGUCCCCCAAUGCCAAGGCUCGGACUAUCCCCGAGAUUAUCCCCAACAUUGGUUUCGCAAAGGUCGAGAUACCAGAGUGGAAGACUCCCGAUGUUGAGCGCACUUUUGAUUGGGGAGUAACCACCCGUAGACCCAAGUCACUUCCCUUCUCAAUCAACUUGAACGGUGCCUUGUCCAACAAACGUGAUAGCUUUGGAAAGAAUCUUGCUCCUUCAGUAUCGUCCAAGGGUGAACUCGCUGUCCUCGUCGAAGAAGAGGAGGAAGAGGAGGCCUCCGCUACUGACAAGGAGAAUGUACCUCUCCCCCAGUCCGCAGCCCCUGUUCCCGAGCCUGUUUCCACCCCAGUAAGCUCUCCUACCAAGGCCUCAUCCCUUCGUUCGCCUUCUCUGAGCCCCUCUCGUCCUCGCCCCGCGUCACUCAACCUCAAGGCUUUGGCAAUGACCUCGUCCGCGGCUGUUGUGUCUCUUCCCACACCUAGUGCUACACCUUCACCUACCCCUGGUGCUCGCCCUGGUAUGAAACCCCUAAACCUUGGCAACGCGACCCGCCGGCAGUCCAUGGUUGCCCUGGGCUCAAAUUCGUCCCGUAAUAGCAUCCCUGCUUCUCGUCGUCAGAGUCUACGUAGCCAGUCCCGCGAUUCGUCAAGCACUCACUCCUCAAAAGACUCGGUGUCUGCCCCAGUCAGCCGUCUCCCUCCCACUCCUGGUACGAUGAGCCCCGCUUCUGCGGUUGAAGGCUUCCUUCAAAAGAACCAAGAGGUCCUGAUUUCACGCAUCGACCAACUCGAGAAGGCAUUGGCCAGUUCGCGCCGCGCGUCUCUGCAGUCGAAUAUGUCGUAUUCGAGUCUAACGUCAUCAAUAGCGGAGGAACAGAUCGGCCUUAUUGCCGAGUUGAAGAGCGAGCGCAACACUCUUGUCGAAGAGAUCGCCGGUUGGCGCACACGAGUCGAAGAUCUGGAGCGACAAGCCGAGUUGUACCUGGGUAAGAUCAACUCGGAGCGUGCCGAGUCCAAACUGGCUCGCGACCGCGUGCUCGAGCUCGAAAAGGAACAGGGCACUUGGGAGUCGGACCGUGCGGCGUUCAACAACGCCAUUGCCCGCGCCCGCGAGGACGGCGCAUCAUGGCGUGCCAAGUACGAGGAAGCGCUCAAGGGCGAAUGUCACUGGCAGGCCAAAGCACUUGGUCUCGAAUCGGACGUCAAGAGGCUAGAAAAGGAGCUGUUGGCUCUUCGAACUGUUAGCCCCACCAAGAAGUGGAACGUAGCCCUCUCUCCUCGUAGGUUCGACGACAGCAUGAGCUCAACUUCGACUGCCGAUGUCAGGGACGAAGCAUAUGUGAUUUCUACCGAGACCGAGGUCUUCAAGAUUCGACCAAGACCUGCAUCACCUUUGCCCAACAUGGACGUAGUUGUUGAGGAGGAAGAGGACGAGGUUUACGAGUCCAGUUGCGAAGGGCCCAGUUCGGACGAUGAUGAACCACACUGCGUGGAAGAAGACGAGGACGAUGUUUCCAGCGAGAUUCUUGAUGAGAUCAAUGGCGACUUGUCCGCUUCCGAGUCGGUAGAUUCAUUCACAUCCCAGUACACUCAGCCCCAGCAGCCCACGUUCCAGGAGCCCCAGCCCGACUUCAAGUUCCCGGGCGCGUUUCCCGAUCCUGCCCCUGCUUACAACCGAGGCCACGCCCGCACCGGUUCAAUGAUUAAAGGCUGGAAGAUGCCCCAAGGUCCCGUACAGGGCGGCAACCGCUCGCCUGCCAAGCCAGAUCGCUUCUUUGACCAACUCGAGCAGCUCUAUGCUACAAGCGACGAAGAACCUGUCACGCCUACCAACCCCUCGUUCGGGACUACUCACUUUGGGUCUCCCGAGUUUAGUACCUUCAAGGGUGAUGGUGGUGCAAGCUCUUUCAAGUUUGGCUCGAAGCGAAACAGCAUCUCGCACAACUUUAGAGGCCACGGAACACGCGCUUCUCGUGGAAGCAUUUCGGUCGCUGCCUUCACUGGGGUCGGUAUGCCUCCUUUCAUGAAUCCCAAGCCAGAGUGGAUCGUGAAAAACGAAUCGCCGGAACCCCUAUCUCCCAUCCUCGAUGAAAAGAUGAACACGGCAAAUCUUUGGGCGCCCUUCUCGGGUGGCGAGCCUUACCCCCUCGCGCGUGAACCUGAGGGCCGAACGAAUUCCGUGCUCGGAAACGCAGUCCGGACCCCGACCCUGGUCAACCCACCCAGAUUCAUUGUUGCACCGACUGUUAUGAACACAUCAACCGUCAAGACCGUAUCGACUAGCACGCCAUCAACGUCUACCCCACGGAUCAUGACUUCUUCUUGUAUAUCCGAUUCUUCAACCCGUGCGCUGGUGCGCCGCAAGCCCUCGCUGACGCGUGUGCAACCGACUGGACGAGCGCCCCCUCGCGUGCCAGUCGAUACUUCUCACGACGUCUCACGGUCUCCUUUUUCCGUUUCUUAUUCACGCACCUCGAGCCGGUCUUCGAGGCAAGACUCGAUUGCCGGCGCCGAGGCCGCUGCGAUUGAGGCUGCGAUUGCACACGCGCAAGCUGUUUCGGCUUCGGCCGCUGCUUCUAGGCGUAUGACCUUUACCGGGUUGACGAGUUUGCUUCCGUGGGGAAUGAUAUCAGGUGCUGGCGAGGAGGCAAACAAACCUCGAUGCGCUGUUGUGGAGGGUGGUGUUGAGGAAGAACGGACCACGCUAUUACUACCAAAGACGAGCGGGACAGUUACCCGGGAGGCGCAACUUGGGCGUUUAAGACGCGAACUCGAGGUUGCCGGUCGACCUGUCGUUGGCGUGAACUCAUCUUCACCUUGCUGUUCUCGAUGCAAGACAGAUGUAAUUGAGCUCUAA